AUGUAUUCCAUGAUAUCACCCUCCCGCGGCGAGAGCAGAGCGAGGCCCAAAGUUGAGGUUCUGGAUGCUGCCCAGACCGACACACAGCUCGAUGUCGCUGGUCAAUACUUGGCCAAAAUAGCACAACUACCUGAUGCUGCCGAUCUUCUAGUACCGUGGACACCAGAAGAGGAGAAGGCGGUUCGGAGGAAGGCAGACUGGAUAGUUGUGCCACUGCUUACCGGAGCCCUCGUUCUCGGUGCCACCGACAAAGUUGCGAUCAGUUCUGCUGCAGUAUUAGGAUUGCGUACCGACCUCCACCUCGUCGGCCAACAGUAUUCGUGGUCCAGCUCGCUCGUCUUCUUUGGAAGUCUGCUUUCACUGUUUCCCGCACUACUCAUGAUACAGCGAUACCAGAGUGGCAAGGUGCUCUCAAUUAAUGUCGCCGUGUGGGGCCUUAUCGUGGCAUGUAUAGCAGCCACUCAGAGCUUUGGCGGGCUGGCUGCCUGUCGAUUUAUCCUAGGCAUGUUUGAGGCCUUGACUUUCCCCGCGCUGAACCUUAUUGUUGGUUCCUGGUACACCCGUUAG